UAUCUCCGGCGAAUUCUUCUCUCAAAUCUGCAGCACCCUCUACUAUCACUCGCGGGAAAUUCAUAUCAAGGUUCCUUUAUUCCCAUAAAAUGGCUUUAGGUGGAACAGCUCCCCCAAGAGGAAGUGCAGCUGCUACUGCAAACAUGAGGAGAAGAAGAACAGCCGGGGGUGGGGCCUCUGGAGGAGCAGCUGGAACUAUGCUCCAAUUUUACACUGAUGAUGCCCCUGGACUCAAGAUCUCCCCAAAUGUGGUUCUUGUAAUGAGCAUUGGCUUUAUAGCAUUUGUUGCUAUCCUUCAUGUGAUGGGAAAGCUGUAUUUUGUGCGUAGGGAGGCUUAGAAGAGAAAAGAUUUAGGUCCAUUUUUUGGAUAUUUAAUACAACAAUCUCAUGAAACAGUCUCAACUUUUCCUUGCUUUUUGUAUUUUGGUACAUUCCGUUGUUAUUUUUAAAGGUAAAAACAGUUUAAAUACUUUGGUAGUAAGAAGAAAUAUUUUCUUA